GGUGUUAAAUCUUGUACUCUAUGGUCAAAAAUUCAUUUCCCGGAUUUUCCUUUUCCAGAAAGAAAAUAAUAAUAUGUCUAUCCCGUACAGCGGUACUAUACGAAGAUCUGGGGGUGUUGUCUCAGCAAUUGGAAAGCAAUUACGAGCUGUUAAUCUCAAAGCUGCUAAACGAAUAACUGUAAAGUUUGAUCCCUUUGGUGAUAAUGUAAUACACACAAGGAACUUCUUACAUUAUAUGAGUUCACCAAAAAUAAGCUUAACAAAUCCUAACUGUGCUCUUAAAACUGAAAUCGUGUGUGACCGCAGUGAACCAACAGUUGAUAUUACUAUUGUACCAUCCAUUGCUGAAACAGCUAAUAUAAAGAAAGUAACAUUCAAAAGUGGAAACCUGACUUGUUUAGAACUACUACAAUUAUUGAACAAGCAUAUUACACCAUUGGCACCUGCUGAACAAAUAUCCACUACCAUAACAACAAAAUCAGAAAAAAAAGGCAGAAAGAAGUAAAGAAAUAUGACGAAAUCCACCAAAGGGAACCUCCACGUUGUUGAAGAGAUUUACAAUCAAAUACCAGCAUUUACGGAUGUAUUCUCAGAAGAUACAUUCUAUAUGUUUGUGGUUAUAUUUGUAUCCUGUACAAUAAUGGUUGCUUUUAUUUUAUCUAGAUUUAUUACAAUAAAACCUGUAGAAUAGUUGUAAAAUGAGGAAAUAAAAUUUUAAAUGUG